UUUCCGGGUAUUCAGAGAAGAAAGAAAAAAAAUCGGUCUAUCGUCAUGUUUCACAGAGAAAUAUCUGUCAAACGCCUAUAUCAGUUUAAUUGAGCGUUGUGUUUGUGAGAGUGGAAACACGCAGGUGUUUUGUCACUUUGACUCUGAAGAUAGAGCUACAGUGGAUGGUCGGAGCGCGGGACGGUGAUUUUACAAGUGUCUUUUAAUACAGUUGAAGUGGCACGCAAUGCACCAUGGAGGAGGCCCACCAAAAGUGCAGAGGAACCUUCAGAGAUCCAAGUCCUUCACUGGAUCUGAGGCAGAAGACCAACAGCAGCAGCAACAACCACCACAGCAGCCCAAACAAAAACAGCAGCAGCCCAUGCCGGUUACCCAACAACAGCCAGCAAAUGCCAAUCACCCCCAGUCACCGGUGACAUCUUUUGCUCCGUCCGCCAGUCCCUCUGCUCCACAGUCUCCCAAUUACCAAAUCAUCAUGAGUCGGAGUCCGGUCACAGGCCAGAACAUGAACAUCACUUUACAGAACGUGGGACCAAUGGUUCCUGGGAGCCAGCAGAUCACCCUUGCCUCUCUUCCUCUCCAGAGCCCAGCAUCCCCUGGCUUUCAGCACCAGCCCCAGCAGUGGAGGUUCGAAUCCGGGUCUUCGUCUUACGUGAUGACAUCACCCUUGCCCCAGACAAUGCAACCUCAAAGUCCGACCCAGCACAGUCCGGUCCCCAUACAGGCUGUGCCCAGGCCGAGUGCUCCUGGGUCGGCUCUGGGAGUGUGCGGUCAGAGCCCGACGCGGUUUGUGGAAGGAGGUAUAAUGGUUAGGCAAAUCAACUUGAGCAGCCCACCUGGAAGUGGUCAUUUUGUGUACCAGGAUGGAACAGGAUUGGCUCAACUGGCUCCGACAACGGCAGGUGCCGCUCAGCUGACCUCACCUGGGACACCAGGGGCUGUCAGAGAAAGACGCCUGUCCCAGCCGCACUCUCAAACCGGGGGCACCAUUCACCAUUUGGGGCCGCAGAGCCCUGUUGCAGCAGGAGCUGCUCUCCCGACGUUGGGCAGCCCUGGGCACAUCACCACCUCCAAUCUGCCUCCUCAGAUCAGUAGUAUCAUCCAAGGCCAAUUAGCUCGUCCCAUGAUUUUUGAGAAGACGGCGCAAGGCGUUGUGGCUGGUGUAGCGGCCUCUUUUGGGGUCACAUCCACCAUCCCUCCACCCAGCCCAUCCAGGAGCAACCCUCCCCAGGGCCUCACCAACCAGUCCCUGACUCCCACCAGCAUGAAGAAGAUGCAGCCGAAGAAGCUGGAGGAGAUUGCACCCUCAAAUCCAGAAGUGGCGCAGUUGAGGAAGCAGUGUCUGGAGCAUCAUGCAAAGAAGAUGGAGAGUCUGAAGGAGGUGUUCAAGGAUUACCUGAUUGAGCUCUUUUUCCUGCAGCAUCUGCAAGGAAACAUGAUGGACUACAUUGCUUUCAAGAAAAAGGCCUGUGUGCCUCUCUUCACCUACCUGAGGCAAAAUGAUCUUGACCUUGAAGAUGAAGAGGAGGAGGAAGAGCAGUCUGAGGUCAUCAAUGAUGAGGUGAAAGUAGUGACUGGAAAGGAUGGACAGACGGUGACUCCUGUUGCUAUAGCUACACAACUCCCACCCAACGUGUCUGCAGCGUUCUCUGCUCAGCAGCAGUUCCAGACCCAUGCCGGGGUGGCAGGUGGCAGCAUCUCGAACCCUGUGGACAUGGAGGCUUUCAAACGGCAGCAGGCCAUGGCACAAGCAGAUCAGGCUAAGAGGUCCCGGAUGGAAGUGGGUCGGCAUGGGAUGAUAUUCCAGCACCCCGCUGUAACUCCUUUAGGAUCUCCCGGCGUUCCCCUCCAGCAGCUCAUGCCAACAGCGCAAGGAGGCAUGCCCCCGACUCCACAAACGGUCCAGAUUGGUGGGCAGAAACAGAACCAGCAACAGUACGACCCGUCCAAAGGUCCCCCGGUCCAGAACGCCGCCAGCCUCCACACGCCACCCCCACAGCUUCCAGGCCGCCUCCCCCAGGGUGGGCUCCCUAUGGCUGGCCUGCCUCUCUCCCUGUCCCAGGGCCAGGCCAUGGUGGUGGACCAGCAGGCUCCAGUGGCUGGUGGUCGGCUCCAGGUGAAGGUGCAGGGUGCCGGAGCCGUGCUGGCUCCAGUCAACCCACAUGCGCAGCUGCAGGCACAGCUUCAGCAGAUGAAGUCAGGACUCCACCUACAGAUGCAGCAGCAACAGCAGAUGCAGCAGUCGGUCAUGCAGCCUGGACAGGCAACUGUGGCACUUGUGCGUCCUGGAUCAGAUUCUUCCCAGCCUGCCCAGCGUUUGCUGUCCAACUCUCUCUCCAACCCUGCCAUGUCUCCUGUUCCUCUAACAUCCCCGUCCUCUCUCUCCUCCCCACACCCUUCUGUUCCGGUCCGCACCCCCAGUACUGGCCCCAGCCUCUCUCCUGCUGCCCAGUCCAAACUCACUACCACGAAUGGCACCACCGGGCUGAAAAUGUCCGGUCUGGGUCAGAGUCCAGUUGGGCAGAACUCACAGGAAUGCUCUCAGGACAAGCAAUCAGAACAAGCCAAGCUGGAGAGUCAUGUGCACCAGCGCAUUGCAGAGCUCCGUAAAGAAGGCCAGUGGUCAGCUAGCCGUUUACCCAAGCUGCAGGAGGCCUGCAGGCCCAAAUCCCACUGGGACUACCUGCUGGAGGAGAUGCAGUGGAUGGCUGCUGACUUUGCCCAGGAAAGGCGCUGGAAGAUGGCUGCUGCCAAGAAACUUGUGCGCACAUGUGCACGUUACCAUGUUGAACAGAAGAAGAUGGAGGAACGUGAGAAGAGGGAGGAGGAGAUGAGGCUGCGGCACAUUGCCAGCACCAUCGCCCGCGGGGUUGACUGCUUCUGGUCCAAUAUUGAACAGGUUGUAGAAAUCAAGCUGCAUUUUGAGAUCUAUGACAAACGACAAAAAGUUCUUAGCUUGCAGAAGGCUGUGAGUAAAGGCAAGUGUGCUAAAGUGACCCAGUCAUCUGGAGAGAAGUCAGAUAAAGAGAGUAAAGGGGAGACUGGCCCAUCCCGCAAGAGAAAGUCAAGCACCUCGCUGUCGGAUGUAGAGGUUGAAGAUGAGGAAAGUACAAUAGAGGAGCAGGAGGCCAUGGAGGUGGCAGCUGAUCAGAAAGCAGAGCUGGCCGAACUAACAAAAGAAGCUGAAGUGCCAUUGGAUGAUCUGGUGAAGAAGUACACUGGUGCUUACGCAGAGGGCUUUGAGUGGCCGCAGCCUUCCAGCCAGAGCGAAGAUGAAGACAGAGAGGAAGCUGAAGACGUUGAUUCUCCGUUAAACAGUCCACAUGAUGCUGUGCUGAUAGACUCUUUGCUGAGUAUGGAUCAGUACCGUGGGGCUCAGCGGACGGCUUCUGGCCCUGAUGGGAAGCCCAUCGAGGAUAUCGCUGAGGUCGCUGCAGCAACAGACCUGAUUCUGCCCAAAGGCAGCGCCAGGACCACUCUAACUAGUCGUUCCUCUCCUCCUGCUCUGCUGCACGGUUCUCUGAGGGAGUACCAGCAGAUCGGGGUGGAGUGGCUGGCAAGCCUCCACCGCAAAAACCUUAACGGCAUCCUGGCAGAUGAAACUGGCCUUGGCAAAACCGUACAGACUGUGGCUUAUUUUGCUCACUUGGCCUGCAACCAGGGUAUCUGGGGGCCUCAUUUAGUGGUGGUGAGGACCUGUAAGCUGAUCAACUGGGAGAUGGAGUUCAAACGGUGGUGUCCUGGACUGAAGAUACUCCUGUACCUCGGCAGCAGAAAGCAGCGCAGAUACAAGAGAUCGAGGUGGUGUGAGCCCAACAGCUUCCAUGUGUGUGUGACUUCAUACAAACUUCUGCUGAAAGAUCAGUCUCACUUCCUGAGGAGGUGCUGGAGGCACCUGGUGCUAGACGAGGUGCAGCUCAUCAAAAACAUGACGGAGAAACAGUGGGAGACCAUCUUCAACAUAAAGAGUCAGCAGAGGAUUCUCUUAAUCAACACACCUCUGCAGAACACUCUGAAAGAGUUAUGGACCAUGAUCCACUUCCUCCUGCCUGGAAUCACUCACCCAUACCUCAACUUCCCCAUCAAACCCGGCACUGAUCAGAACCAGGACUACUGCCACAAACUGGUCAUCAGACUGCACAGGAUGAUUCAGCCCUUCAUCCUGCGCCGUUCCAAGAGAGACGUGGAGAAGCAAAUGCCUAAGAAGUAUGAGCACAUUCUCAAGUGCCGUCUUUCCAAGAGGCAAAAGAGCAUGUAUGAGGACAUCCUCAUCCAGCCCAGUGCACAGGAAGCACUGAAGACUGGACAUUUUGUCAGAGUCCUGGAGGUUCUUAUGCAGCUGCAGAAGAUCUGCAACCAUCCAGACCUGAUCCAGCCCAGAGACACACACAACUCUUACAUAUGUCAGUCACUGCAGUACAACACCCCAUCAUUACUGCUCACAGCCCUGCAGCAGGACCAGUGGAAGACUGUAGAUAUGUCACUGUUUGACCUGAUCGGUAACGAGGGCAGAUUGACCCGUUAUGAGGCCGAGGAGGCUCUGCCUAAACUCAGAAUGACCAAACAGCUGAUUGAAGAGAUCUACAAUGCACGCAACCCACCUGCCAGACCCAAACCAUGCAAGAUCAAACCUAUGAGGCUGUUCCUGCCGGUGCAGUAUGGAACAAAACCAGAGGGGCACCUGGUCCCCAUAACUAGCAGCACCACUCAAGCCCCUCGUGCCACUGCUGUGACUACUGCCCCCACCACCACUACCAACCCUGCUACUGCAGCUCUAAGCACACAGCCCAGAGGCAAAUCACCUCUUACCACAACCACUUCUGCACAGGCCUCUGCAAUCAGCAGCUCAUCAGGAUCACUCUUAACAGGAGCCACCCCUAACCCCCUUUCUACCCCUCUGGCUGUGGGUGUGACAAGGGUCACCACUAUGCCUGCUGUGGUCCCCCAUGCCCCUGCCGCCCACCCCCUCCAGCCCAGUUUGGUACCCCAGAGGCUGGUGCUCAGCUCCCAGGCCAAGGCACGCUUGCCUAGUGGAGAUGUAGUGAAGGUUACUCAGUUGGUUGGGCAGGGUCGUAUCGCCCAGCCAGAGACCCCUGUGACCCUACAGUUCCAGGGCAACAAGUUCACUUUGUCUCCGAGUCAGCUGCGGCAGCUCACCACCGGCCAGCCUCUGCAGCUCCAAGGUACACUCGGCAACAUCUUGCAGAUUGUGUCUGCCCCCGGACAGCCUCUUCUCAGGCCACAGGGGCCGCCCAUGGUGAUGCCUACUGUACCCCAGGCUGUGCCUGUACAGAACUCCUCAGCAAGCACCACAGUCACUCAAGCUACCACAGCCAUGGAAACAAAUGCUAAACACUCAACAAAUGCCAUAACACAGGAGUCAAGUGAGGAAAGAAACAGGCAGCUGAAAGAGCGUCUGGCUAGUUUAUUUCAUGCCAACGAGCGGCGGUCCUCACGCUCUGUGAUGUAUGGUUCUGACCUGAUCAAGACCUGCUUCGUUUAUGAGGGACACCCUCCACCAGCCUUCCCCGCACCCCAGCACUCCCGCUGGUCCUGGGUCGGCAGAGACAGCUGUAUUAGGGCUCAGCGGACUUGUGUGUCCACGGUGGCCCCACUCCGCUCAGCGAUUCUCUCCAACACGGAGCAGGAGGCAGCAGCAGGCACCUUGUUGAAGAGGUUUUCCUGCAUACUUCCUGCUGCUGUGGCCCCUCCCCCUCAGCUGUAUGCGUCCAAUCUUCCACCAUCUUACAGCCUUGCACAAAAAUCAUUCAGGCGACAGCUACAGGAAGUGUCCGCUCCACACAACGCAGAGAUCCGUAACUUAGCCUGUCCUCCUGUCGUCAGAUUCCCUGAUGUGCACAUGUUGGAGAUGGAUUCAGGAAAACUGGAGGCGCUGUCUAUCCUGCUGCAGAAGCUGAGCGCUGAGAACAGGCGUCUGCUGAUCUUCACCCAGAUGGCCAGCAUGCUGGAUAUACUGGAGGCCUUCUUAGACCAUCGUCACCUCACCUAUGUACGGCUGGAUGAGAGUCUGUCACUAGAGGAGAGACAGGAGCGGGUCAAGAGGUUUAACCGCAACCGACAGAUCUUCUGCACCAUCCUGACCAAUCGCUGCUGCUCAGCCAUGGGCCAUGUGUUUGACGCAGACACCAUCGUGUUUUACGACACAGACCUAAAUCCCAGCAUGGACUUGCGCACACAGGAGUGGUGUGACAAGAUCCGCCGCUCCAAAGACAUCCACAUCUACAGGUUGGAGAGCGGGAACUCAAUUGAGGAGAAGCUUUUAAAGAAUGGCACUAAAGACCUUAUUCGAGAGGUAGCUGCACAGGGCAUGGAUUACACUCUAGCCUUUUUAACACAGCGCACCAUUCAGGAUCUGUUUGAGGUGGAGGCUGGUUCUGGAGAGAAGGUGGAGGAGUUUGUGGUUCUCCACCAGGAGCCAUCCCCGUCCGAAUCUAUCCCCCCUCAUGUGGCCAGACCCUACAUCCAGGCCCUGAACACCAUCCGAAAGAAAACCCAAUAUGAAGAUGAGGUCGAGGAGACAGAGGUAGACAUGAAAAGUGAGAAAGUGGGAGGACAAGAAGAGAUAGAUGUGAAGGAAUGGGUGAGAGAGGAGGCGUCACAGUUAGAGGAGUUGGCGGCAGUCAUGGAGCAGCUGACUCCUAUUGAGAGAUACGCACUGCACUAUCUGGAGUACUUGCACAACAGUGAAGAUGAACAGGUUAUAAAGGAGCGCAUAGAAGCUGCUAAGAGAGGCUGGGAGCAGCAGCAGCAACAGAAACUAAAGGUAGAGAAAACGGAGCAAAUGAUCCUAGAAGAUGAGGAGGAUCUGUUCACCUAUACCAGAGAGGAUGCAUACAACAUGGAGUAUGUGUUCGAGAAUGAGAAUGAACAAACAGAAAUAAUGCCACUGUGGACUCCCCCAACUCCUCCACAGGAUGAUAACGAUAUCUACAUUGACUCUGUAAUCUGCCUCAUGUAUGACACUGCGCCUAUGCCCGAAUCCAAACUGCCCCCAGUCUACGUCCGCAAAGAGCGCAAGAGACACAUGGACCCGUCAGUUCUGGGACGUAAGAAAAAGAAGGGCCAUGGAGAAUCAGUGAUUCCUCCACGCUCUCUCUUUGAUAAGGCCAGUCUUCUCAAAGUAAGGAGGGAGGGUAAAGACCAGAAGAAGAACUUCUCUCUGAAGCAACAGGCUCCCUUUGCCAAACCGCUGCCCUCACUGCUCAAACCAGCCAUGGAGGCUGGGCAGGACAACCCUGAGUGGCUCAUCAGUGAGGAUUGGGCCCUGCUACAGGCUGUGAAGCAGUUACUGGAACUUCCUUUGAACCUGACCAUCGUGUCUCCAGCACACACUCCUAACUGGGACCUGGUGAGCGACGUGGUCAACUCCUGUAGCAGAAUUUACCGCUCGCCAAAACAAUGCCGUAACCGCUAUGAGAAUGUCAUCAUUCCCAGAGAGGAGGGCAAAUUAAUAUAUGAAGCUAACCCUAAGAAGAACAAGACCAAGAGCAUUUAUAAGUCCAAGAAUAGUCGUCCUCUGCGCACGUGUCAGAUCUACACACAGGAUGACAACGCCACCCAGAUCCAGCUGUUCAACAACCGCUUUGAGCUGAUGAAAAUCAUUGCUAGCAAGAGGAGCCCACCCAUAAGACCACUACUGGGCAUGAAUCCAUUCCAGAAGAAUCCUAAGCAUGCCUCUGUGCUGGCUGAGAGCGGGAUAAGCUACGACAAGCCUCUGCCUCCUAUCCAGGUCGCCUCUCAGAGAGCUGAGAGAAUCGCUAAAGAGAAGAAGGCACUAGCCGAACAGCAGAGGGCUCAGCAGUUAGCCCAGCAACAACAGCAGCAGACUACAGGAGCCGCCCAGCCUCAGGGAGCUGCUGCCCAGCCACAGGCCACUGCAGCAGCCACACAGGCGGCGGGAGUGCCCCAGCCCAACCAAUCCGGAGCAGCAGCAGUCCCCAACACCGCUGUACUGACUGGAGCUAUCAAGACCGCUGCAGUGGGCACAAGCAUCCAGCCAGCAACAGCUACAGUAAGUGGAAAUGUGAUUGUAAACACUGUGCCUGGAGUUCUUCCUGGUCAGUUCCAGGCGAACAAACGUCUGGCGUCUCCUGUCAUACCUACGGCAGGAACUGCCACGGCUCAGGUGGUUCACACUCAGCAGAGAACUGUGCCUGCAACAGCGGCCCCAGCGGAGGUUGUUGCCAUUGCGACGGGUCAGAGCGUUAGAGCCGUUACCCCAGUGACGGCAUCAGCUGUAGUGUCCACUAAUCUGACUCCUGGUCAGUCCCAAACACGCACGCUGGUGGCUCCAGCUCCCGGGAUGCAGUUGUCUCAGGGUAAACCACUCACGCCAGCUCAAUUCCAACAAUUACAACUCAGACAACAGUUGCAGCAGCAGCAACAACAACCACAGGCUGCAUCUCCACAGAUCAAAGCAGUAGGAAAGCCACAGCAGGAGUUGUUGAAGAAGCAGAAGCUGCAGAUGGCCCAACAGCAGGUUGCAGCGGCGGUAGCUGCAGCUCAAGGUCAGCAGGCUUCAUCUACUCAGCAACCGCAGCAGGUUCACGCCACACCGGCAGCUACGUCCAACCCUCAGAUAGCUGCAGUCGCUGCGCCCAGAGCAGGAGCUGUGCUUGCUGGAACUACCGUCACCAACUUACAGGUGGCCAGACUGACACGUGUCCCAGCCCCUGGACCCAUUCAGGCUCAGCCGGGUCAAACCGCUCAGGUGACUCUGACCAAACCACCUCCUGUCGUCUCAGUUCCUGCUGUGGUUUCGUCCGCCGGAGUCACGACUCUUCCUGUCACUGUGGCUGGCAUUAGCGUUGCCAUUGGGCAAGCACAGAAAGCAGGUGGUCAAGUGGUGACCCACCCGUUCCAGGUGCAGCAGGUUCAGCAGCUGUUGCACAGACAAAAGCAGCAGGCAGCCGCACAAGCCGCUGCGGUCCAGAAGGCAGCACAGCCACAGCAAACACAGGCUGCGGUACAGCAAAAGCUGGGCACGCAGCAGGCCGCUCAGACCACAGCCCAACAGCAGCAGAAAGUAUACACCGCCACCACUCCACUUCAGCCCGCCAUUAAGACCCAGUUCUUCGCCACCUCCAUCGGACAGCCACAGAAACCUCCUGCAGCACAGCAGAUACAGGUAAGAAGUUAGGCUCUAACAGCCAGCACCUCUCU